AUGGAAGCACCGCCGCCGCCGCCGCCGCGGCGGCCGCCGGCGCUCCCGGACGACGUCGUCGAAGAGAUCCUCCUCCGCCUCCCGCCCGACGACCCAGGUAGCCUCUUCCGCGCCUCCCUCGUCUGCAAGGCCUGGAGGAGCACCGUCUCCCAUCCCCACUUCCGCCGCCGCUUCAUCGGGCUCCACCGCCACCGGGCACCCCCCGUGCUCGGCUUCCUCCACGACUGGAAAGACGAGCGCAUCCCAGACUUCGUCCCCACCACCGCCUCGCCCUUCUCCCUCACCGCUCCAGACCGCCGGUUCUGGCGCGCCCUCGACUGCCGCCACGGCCGCGCCCUCUUCCUCUCCGACGACAGCCAGGAAACUCAGGAACUCAUCCUGUGGGAGCCAAUCACGGGCGCCCGUCAGGGCAUACCGGUGCCCUCGGCGUUCACGUGCGGGUGGCCGACCGCGGCCGUGUUCUGCGCAGCCGACGGGUGCGAUCACCGCGACUGUGCGGGGGGCCCCUUCGGCGUGGUCUUCGUCUUCACCCUCGACAUCUCGCCCAACGCAGACGUUGUCACAUCGGCGUGCUUGUACUCGUCAGAGACUAGCACGUGGGGCAAGCUGAACUCGAGGGAACACGAGUUCGCCAUGGACUUUGAGCAUAAUUCCAGCGUGCUGGUUGGGAGGUCUCUGCUCUACUUCCUGUCCGACGGUGGGAUGAUCCUGGAGUACAAUUUGGGCAGUGGUGAACUGGCUGUGUUGGACACACCACCUAACGAUUACGGCAGUGAAAACCACAGAUUUAACCUCAUGGUGGCGGAGGACGGUUUGCUGGGGGUUGCCGAAGCCAUUGAUUUUCAGCUCAUAUUGUGGAAAAGGGAGGCGAGUGAUGGCACUAAUGCACGAUGGGUGGUGAGCCGGAUCAUCGACCUGGACAUCGAUCCAUGCACACUUGUUCCAGUUUUGGGCUUUGCGGAGGGGGCAAAUGCUAUUUUCGUGAAAACUGUUGGUAGUCUCUUCAUGAUCGAGCUGCAGUCGGAGCAGGCGAAAAGGGUGUGCCAUAAUCAUGGCUUCUGUAAUUUGAUUCCAGUUGUCAGCUUCUACACUCCACAUUCUGGGCUCCAAGUGCCCGGGGGUGAACACCAGGACCCAGCGCCGCGGCUGAACCUACUGAGGAGGGGUGGUCAGCAAGGGGUAUGGGAGGAGAAAUCACUAGAAUUGGCGCAAGUGCUGUUUGAUAAGGGGUGCAAGGCUAUCAAUGAGAAGGACUUGGCCCACGCGGCUGACUGCUUCAGACAUGCUCUCGAGAUCAGGGUUCGACAUUAUGGAGGCCUUGCUCCUGAGUGUGCUAGCACGUUUUACCGUUAUGGAGGUGCCUUGUUAUGCAAAGCUCAGGAGGCAGCCAAUCGUUCAGGUAAUGUUUCAAAGCAUGCACCGAAUGAAGAAUCAAUCACACCUACAACCAACAAAGAUGAUUGUGAAGAAGGGGCAAACUUGCGUGGCAAAGGUCAGACGGAUGGGAACAUGACAGGCGAUGGAGAUGAUUCUGAUUUGGAUUUGGCCUGGAAAAUGUUGAAUACUGCAAGGGUGAUAGUUGCCAAGAGUCCAGAGAAGACAAUGGAGAAGGUUACUAUAUUGACUGCUCUAGCUGAAAUCUCCAUGAGAAGAGAGGACAGAGACAGCUCAAUCGGUUACUACUUUGAAGCUUUAGCGAUCUUGGAACAUUUGGUUAGGCCUGACCAUUUUCGAAUUGUCGAUCUAAACGUCCGCAUAUGUUUGGCCUUUGAGUUAGCAUCCAAGGUUGGGGAUGCAAUCCCAUAUUGUGCAAAGGCUAUUUCAUUAUGCAAGUCGCGUAUACAUAAUCUGAAAAUUGCCAAGGAAGCUUUGUUGGCUGAUAGAGACCUUAGAGCAUCUGCUGCUAAAGGACACUCAGGAAAGUCGACUCUGGAAGAUGAGAUAUCUUACCUUGCUAGAAUGUUGCCUCGAUUCCAGAAGAAGCUUGAAGAACUGAAGCAAGCAAUGUCAACCCCAAGCGACGGCAUAGAUAAUAUUAUGAAGAGGGUGGUCUCACAGGCAAGUCAUGAGCAGAGUGUUAACAAUACUAUGGCAAGAACUGCAUCUUUGACUUCUUCGCAGAUGGCACGAUCAAACAACAGCUUCCAUUCCCCAACUAUGUCGACGGCAGCACCAAGAGGAAGCACUGGAAGUAGCAUAACCGACUUUGAGAUUGUUGGCAGAGACAUGAAACGAGCUAAAGAUGAGUCGAUCUCCUACGAACCUUCUCCAAAGAGACUUGCAGCAGAUGAUUCACCAUCCGUGAAUGAAAUUUGA